AAUUUUAGGUAAACAUCUGAUAAGACCUGUUCCUUGUUGAAGCAUACAUAAUGAUAAGCAGCAGCACCAACACUGCCAUUUCAUGACUCUGUGACUGGUGGUAGCUUUGUUUGAGCGGGACAUCUAAAAUGGCUGCCUCAAUGAUUCAGUUAGUAGGAUUCAUGUUGUCUUUGUUGGGGCAAUUUUUAGUAUCGGCAGCAACAGCAAUGGACAUGUGGAGCUUACAAGACCGAUCUCUUACAGUUGUAACAAAUGUUUACACCUACUCUGGGUUGUGGAACUCAUGUGUAGGGACAGCAUACGGCACAACACAGUGUAGGCCUUAUUUCACCAUUCUAGGACUGCCAGCUCUGCUCCAAGCCGUCCGAGCCUUGAUGAUUGUUGGUAUCAUUCUUGGAGCCAUCGGCUGUCUGAUCGCCAUAUUUGCACUGAAGUGCUUGAGAAUGGGGAACAUGGAGGACAACAUCAAAGCCACAAUGACUCUGACAGCCGGGAUCAUGUUUCUUCUUGCAGGUGUCUGUGGCAUUGCUGGGGUGUCAGCCUUUGCUAACUUGAUUGUGCAAAGUUUUCGGUUCACAACGUAUGCCGAUGGGGGGUUCAGUAUGUAUGGAGGAGCGAGCGUUGGUGGACUCACAGGAGCUCUGACUCCAAGGUAUACUUUUGGCCCAGCUCUUUUUGUGGGGUGGAUCGGUGCAGCUAUCUUGGUCAUUGGAGGUGUCUUUAUGUGUCUGGCCUGCCGCGGAAUGGCUCCAGAGGGGAAGCAACGGUAUGAUGGGAUGGCUUACAAAGCUGCCUCUCACCACACUAUCUACAAGUCAGACACCAGACCACAUCCAGCCUACAAUGAUUCCUACAAGGCUCAGAGUAUGGAUGGAAGGCAGUCGAACCAGAGAUUUGACUAUGUGUAGUCUGUCUGUCUGUCUGUCUAUCUGUCUGUUUUUUAUAUUCUACAGUUCUGUACGGAUCCAUGAGUUUUCUCGUGUUUUAUUGCCCUGAUUAAUGCAAAGAGUGUAUUUUUUUUUUUAACUUCUCUUUUUGAUUUGACAGACUUGCUAAACAUUUAAGGUGUUUUUAAAUAUUUUUUCAAUAUCAUUAUAUAACCCUUAAUUACCAAAUGCUGUUUUGUGAUUCAUGUCUUAU